GGUGGGCGGGCCUGGUGAAGCCAGUGUAAUCGCUACCUUACGUCCCACUGGUGAAGAAAUUUGGAUUCUGCGUGCGCUUCGAGCGGUACUGGCUGUGAACGAACUUCUCAAACUUCAGAAACACUUCUUCCACCUCACUCACAAGCCAGGCCUCAAGGCCACCUUGUUCAACCGUUGUGGCCUCUGCACCUUCCCUGUUCUCCUGUCCUUCCCAUGGCCCAGACAUGAGUGAUCCCCUAGAAGAGGCUGAUGGGGGAAGGGACCCCAGGCCUGGCGAAUCCUUUUGUCCUGGGGGAGUCCCAUCCCCUGGACCCCCACAGCACCGGCCUUGCCCAGGCCCCAAUCUGGCUGAUGACACUGAUGCCAAUAGCAAUGGCUCAAGUGGCAAUGAGUCCAAUGGGCAUGAAUCCAGGGGUGCAUCUCAACGGAGUUCACAUAGCUCCUCCUCUGGCAAUGGCAAGGACUCGGCCCUUCUGGAGACCACGGAGAGCAGCAAGAGCACAAACUCUCAGAGCCCAUCCCCACCCAGCAGUUCCAUUGCCUACAGCCUCCUGAGUGCCAGCUCAGAGCAGGACAACCCAUCUACCAGUGGCUGCAGCAGUGAACAGUCAGCUAGGGCAAGGACUCAGAAGGAACUCAUGACAGCACUUCGGGAGCUCAAGCUUCGACUGCCACCAGAGCGUCGGGGUAAAGGCCGUUCUGGGACCCUGGCCACACUACAGUAUGCACUGGCUUGUGUCAAGCAGGUGCAGGCCAACCAGGAAUACUACCAGCAGUGGAGCCUGGAGGAGGGUGAGCCAUGUGCCAUGGAUAUGUCCACUUACACCCUGGAGGAGCUGGAGCACAUCACAUCUGAGUAUACACUUCGCAACCAGGAUACCUUCUCGGUGGCUGUCUCCUUCCUGACAGGCAGAAUUGUAUACAUUUCGGAGCAGGCAGGAGUUCUGCUGCGUUGCAAGCGGGAUGUAUUUCGGGGUGCCCGCUUCUCAGAGCUCCUGGCUCCCCAGGAUGUGGGUGUCUUCUAUGGCUCCACGGCCCCAUCUCGUCUACCCACUUGGGGCACUGGGGCCUCUGCAGGUUCAGGUGUCAAGGAUUUUACCCAGGAGAAGUCUGUUUUCUGCCGUAUCAGAGGAGGUCCUGACAGAGAUCCAGGGCCUCGGUAUCAACCAUUCCGCCUAACUCCAUAUGUGACCAAGAUCCGGGUCUCAGAUGGGGCCCCUGCACAGCCGUGCUGCUUGCUCAUUGCAGAACGCAUCCACUCGGGUUAUGAAGCUCCCCGUAUCCCCCCUGACAAGAGGAUUUUCACCACGCGUCACACACCAAGCUGCCUCUUCCAGGAUGUGGAUGAAAGGGCUGCUCCGCUGCUGGGCUACCUACCCCAGGACCUCCUGGGGGCACCAGUGCUUUUGUUCCUGCAUCCUGAGGACAGACCACUCAUGCUGGCCAUCCAUAAGAAGAUCCUACAGCUGGCAGGCCAACCCUUUGACCACUCCCCUAUUCGCUUCUGUGCCCGUAAUGGGGAGUACGUCACCAUGGACACCAGCUGGGCUGGCUUCGUGCACCCCUGGAGCCGUAAGGUGGCCUUUGUGUUGGGCCGCCACAAAGUACGCACGGGACCCCUGAAUGAGGAUGUGUUCACUCCUCCGGCUCCCAGUCCAACUCUGUCCCUGGACUCUGAUAUCCAGGAGCUCUCAGAGCAGAUCCAUCGGCUACUGUUGCAGCCCGUGCACAGCUCCAGCCCCACAGGACUCUGUGGAGUUGGCCCCUUGAUGUCCCCAGGCCCUCUCCACAGCCCUGGCUCCUCCAGUGAUAGCAACGGCGGUGAUGCUGAGGGGCCUGGACCACCUGUUCCAGUGACUUUCCAGCAGAUCUGUAAGGAUGUGCAUCUGGUGAAGCACCAGGGGCAGCAGCUUUUCAUUGAGUCCCGGGCCCGGCCUCCACCCCAGCCUCGCCUCCCUGCUACAGGCACAUUCAAGACCAAGGCCCUUCCUUGCCAGUCCCCAGACCCAGAGCUGGAGGCAGCCCCUGCUCUGACCCAGGCUCCACCACCCUUGGUCCCUGAGGAGGCUGAGAGGAAAGAAGCCUCCAGCUGUUCCUACCAGCAGAUCAACUGCCUGGACAGCAUCCUCAGGUACCUGGAAAGCUGCAACAUCCCCAGCACAACCAAGCGUAAAUGCGCUUCCUCCUCCUCCUAUACUGCCUCCUCAGCCUCUGAUGAUGACAAGCAGAGGACAGGUCCAGUCCCCAUAGGGGCCAAGAAAGAUCCAUCAUCAGCAGUGCUGUCUGGGGAGGGGGCCGCUCCACGGAAGGAGCCAGUGGUGGGAAGCACCUUGAGCCCGCUCGCCCUGGCCAAUAAGGCGGAGAGCGUGGUGUCCGUGACCAGUCAGUGUAGCUUCAGCUCCACCAUCGUCCAUGUGGGAGACAAGAAGCCCCCGGAGUCGGACAUCAUCAUGAUGGAGGAACUGCCUGGCCUAGCUCCAGGCCCAACCCCCAGCCCGGCCCCCAGCCCCACAGUAGCCCCUGACCCAGCCCCAGAUGCCUACCGCCCAGUGGGCCUGACCAAGGCCGUGCUGUCCCUGCACACACAGAAGGAAGAGCAAGCCUUCCUCAACCGCUUCCGAGACCUUGGCAGGCUGCGUGGACUUGACAACUCUUCCACGGCCCCCUCGGCCCCUGGCGAGCGAGGCUGCCACCAUGGCCCAGCACCCCCCAGCCGCCGACACCACUGCCGAUCCAAAGCCAAGCGCUCACGCCACCACCAGACCCCACGGGCCGAAGCCCCCUGCUAUGUCUCCCACCCCUCACCUGUGCCCCCCUCUGGCCCCUGGCCCCCUCCUCCAGCCACCACUCCUUUCCCAGCAGUGGUCCAGCCUUACCCACUCCCAGUGUUCUCCCCACGGGAAAGUCCCCAGCCUCUUCCUCCUGCUCCCACAUCUGUGCCCUCUGCCACUUUCCCUACCCCCUUAGUAACUCCAAUGGUGGCUUUGGUGCUCCCUAACUAUCUGUUCCCGACUACAUCUAGCUAUCCCUUUGGGGUACCUCAGACACCAGCUGAGGGGCCUCCCACCCCUGCCUCCCACUCACCCUCCCCAUCCCUGCCCCCACUUCCUCCCAGUCCCCCACGCCGCCCAGACUCCCCACUGUUCAACUCAAGAUGCAGUUCCCCACUCCAGCUCAAUCUGCUGCAACUUGAGGAGCCCCCCCGUCCUGAGGGGGGCACUGUUGCAGGGGGUCCUGGGAGCAAUGCUGGGCUCCCACCUCCUAGUGAGGAGGCCGCUGAGCCUGAAGCCAGAUUGGUGGAGGUAACUGAAUCCUCCAAUCAGGAUGCACUCUCUGGCUCCAGUGAUCUGUUGGAACUGCUACUGCAAGAGGACUCGCGUUCUGGUACAGGCUCUGCAGCCUCAGGCUCCCUUGGCUCUGGCUUGGGCUCUGGAUCAGGUUCAGGCUCCCAUGAGGGUGGCAGCACCUCAGCCAGCAUCACCCGCAGCAGUCAGAGCAGCCACACGAGCAAGUACUUCGGCAGCAUUGACUCUUCGGAAGCUGAAGCUGGAGCUGCUCAGGCCAGGGCUGAGCCUGGGGACCAGGUCAUUAAGUAUGUGCUCCAGGAUCCCAUCUGGCUGCUUAUGGCCAAUGCUGACCAACGUGUUAUGAUGACCUACCAGGUGCCCUCCAGGGACAUGGCAUCUGUGCUAAAGCAGGACCGAGAGCGGCUCCGAGCCAUGCAGAAGCAGCAGCCUCGGUUCUCAGAGGACCAGCGGCGGGAACUGGGUGCUGUGCACUCCUGGGUCCGCAAGGGACAGUUGCCUCGGGCCCUUGAUGUGAUGGCCUGUGUGGACUGUGGUAGCAGCUCCCAAGACCCUGGCCACUCUGAUGACCCACUUUUCUCGGAGCUGGAUGGACUGGGGCUGGAGCCCAUGGAGGAGGGUGGAGGCGAGGGUGGCAGCAGUGGUGGUGGUGGUGAUGGUGAUGGUGGCAUUGGUGAGGGUGGCGAGGAGGCCCAGGCCCAAGUUGAGGCCAAGGUCUCAAGCUCUCAGGACUCUGCCAUGGAGGAGGAGGAACAAGGUGGGAGCUCGUCCAGUCCAGCCUUAUGUGCAGCAGAAAAUGGCACCAGCUAAACUCCAUUUUGGGGCCACUUCCUGGAGUCCAUGCAAGGCAUCCUUCUUCAAUGUUACAAUUCUCAGAACUCAGAUGUGGCUGGACCAACCAAUAGAAAACUGCCCCAGCUUCUCCCACCUUAGGGAGUGGGACCCCCAUCACCAGCCUGGGAUCCAAAGGCUGCCUCUGGCUUCUUAGUGAACAGAGGGUGGAACUUUUCAGGCCAGCCAAGAGGAGGGUCACCUCCCACCCCUGGUGGAGGCCCUUCUGGAUAAGGUUGCUGACCCGCUGCUGAAAUGGGCUCGCCAAAUCCCAGCUGAGCCUGAGUCCCAGUCCCGAGGUUUGGGGCUGCACUUAUUUAUUGGGGGAGACAGCUCUCUCUCCCACCUCCUCCCUAAGUGGGGGGAGGGGAGCCUGGGGCCCAAGGAGGACCCAGGGGUUUGAACCCCUAGCUGCUCCAGGGUGGGGGAGGUUGGUGGACCAUGGAGUCCCUGGUGCUGCCCCUCAGGUGGGACCCAGGCGUUCUCAGCUCUACCCUCUACCAAUGGCAUUUGUGUUUUUGAUAUUGUGUCUGUUAUUAUUUUUUUAAUACAAAAAGAAAGAAAUCAAAAACCCA